CGUGCGCCGACCCGGAUGUGGAAGCUGGAGCCGGGCCGGAAUAGCUCCGAGGUCCGGCAGUGCGGAGGCCAGGGGGUGCUGUAGCCAUGGCUGUGGCUGUGGCCCUGGCGGGAGCCAUAGCUGGGGCGGAGCCAGGCCCCGCGGAAGAACUCGCCAAACUCGAGUAUCUGUCUUUGGUGUCGAAGGUUUGCACCGAGCUGGACAAUCAUUUGGGGAUCAACGACAAGGAUCUGGCUGAAUUCGUGAUCAGUCUUGCUGAGAAAAAUACCACCUUUGAUACUUUUAAGACUUCUCUGGUUAAAAAUGGUGCAGAAUUCACGGAUUCUCUUAUUAGUAACUUGCUGCGUCUCAUACAAACCAUGCGGCCUCCAGCAAAGCCUUCUACUAGCAAAGAUCCAGUUGUUAAACCCAAAACCGAGAAAGAAAAGCUGAAGGAACUCUUCCCAGUCUUUUGCCAACCAGACAACCCUUCCGUUCGGGUAUUGAUAAUGACCAUGUUGGAUGAGGACGACGUGAAAGUCGCUGUGGACGUCCUGAAAGAACUGGAAGCCUUAAUGCCCAGCGCAGCAGGCCAGGAGAAGCAGAGAGACGCUGAGCACCGGGACAGGACAAAGAAGAAGAAGCGGAGCCGAGAUCGAGACAGAGACAGAGAGCGGGACAGAGACAGAGAUAGAGACCAUAAGCGGAGACACCGGUCCCGUUCUCGAUCACAUUCCAGGACCCGGGAGAGGAAUAAAGGGAAGUCUAGAUAUCGGUCCAGGAGUAGAAGUCAGAGUCCCCCCAAAGACCGCAAGGACCGGGACAAAUAUGGGGAGAGGAGUCUGGACAGAUGGCGGGAUAAGCAUGUGGACCGCCCUCCCCCUGAGGAGCCCGCCAUCGGGGACAUUUACAAUGGCAAAGUUACCAGCAUCAUGCAGUUCGGGUGCUUUGUGCAGCUGGAAGGACUAAGGAAGCGGUGGGAAGGGCUGGUGCACAUUUCUGAGCUCCGGCGAGAAGGCCGAGUAGCCAAUGUGGCGGAUGUGGUGAGCAAAGGCCAAAGGGUUAAGGUCAAAGUGCUGUCCUUCACCGGGACCAAGACUAGCCUGAGCAUGAAGGAUGUAGACCAAGAGACUGGAGAAGAUCUGAACCCAAACCGACGACGAAAUCUUGUUGGGGAGACCAAUGAGGAGACCUCAAUGCGGAAUCCUGACAGACCCACUCACCUGUCCCUCGUCAGUGCCCCUGAAGUAGAGGAUGACUCGCUAGAGCGCAAGCGCCUCACCCGCAUCUCUGACCCAGAGAAGUGGGAGAUCAAACAGAUGAUUGCUGCCAAUGUCCUUUCCAAAGAAGAGUUUCCAGACUUUGAUGAAGAGACAGGCAUUCUCCCUAAGGUGGAUGAUGAAGAAGAUGAGGACCUUGAGAUCGAACUGGUUGAGGAAGAGCCUCCAUUCCUAAGAGGGCACACCAAGCAGAGUAUGGACAUGAGCCCUAUUAAAAUCGUCAAGAACCCAGAUGGCUCCCUCUCCCAAGCAGCCAUGAUGCAGAGUGCCUUGGCUAAAGAAAGGCGGGAACUCAAGCAGGCCCAGCGGGAAGCUGAGAUGGAUUCUAUUCCCAUGGGACUCAACAAACACUGGGUUGAUCCUUUGCCUGAUGCGGAAGGCAGGCAGAUUGCUGCCAACAUGAGGGGUAUUGGGAUGAUGCCCAAUGACAUUCCUGAGUGGAAGAAACAUGCCUUUGGGGGCAACAAAGCGUCUUACGGGAAAAAAACCCAGAUGUCAAUCAUUGAGCAGAGGGAGAGCCUGCCCAUCUACAAACUUAAGGAACAGCUGGUCCAGGCUGUCCAUGACAAUCAGAUCCUGAUUGUUAUUGGAGAGACAGGAUCUGGGAAGACAACGCAGAUCACCCAGUACCUAGCGGAGGCAGGCUACACGUCCAGGGGCAAGAUCGGAUGUACCCAGCCCAGAAGAGUGGCAGCCAUGUCAGUGGCCAAAAGAGUGUCAGAGGAGUUUGGUUGUUGCUUAGGCCAAGAGGUGGGCUACACUAUCCGAUUUGAGGACUGCACCAGCCCCGAAACAGUCAUCAAGUACAUGACGGACGGGAUGCUGCUCAGAGAGUGCCUGAUUGACCCCGACCUCACUCAGUAUGCGAUCAUCAUGUUGGACGAGGCACACGAGAGAACCAUUCACACUGACGUGCUCUUUGGAUUGUUGAAAAAGACGGUUCAGAAACGGCAGGACAUGAAGCUGAUUGUCACCUCAGCCACCUUGGAUGCAGUGAAGUUUUCUCAGUACUUCUAUGAAGCUCCCAUUUUCACCAUCCCGGGCCGAACUUACCCAGUAGAAAUACUGUACACAAAGGAACCCGAGACAGAUUAUCUGGAUGCCAGCUUGAUCACUGUCAUGCAGAUCCACUUAACAGAGCCACCAGGUGAUAUCCUGGUCUUCUUGACGGGUCAGGAGGAGAUCGAUACUGCUUGUGAGAUCCUGUAUGAGCGAAUGAAAUCCCUGGGACCUGAUGUUCCCGAGUUAAUUAUCCUCCCGGUGUACUCCGCCCUUCCCAGUGAGAUGCAGACCCGAAUCUUUGACCCUGCUCCACCUGGCAGCAGAAAGGUCGUGAUUGCCACCAACAUUGCAGAGACAUCACUGACUAUCGAUGGCAUCUACUACGUGGUGGACCCUGGAUUCGUGAAGCAGAAAGUGUACAACUCUAAGACAGGGAUCGACCAGCUUGUGGUGACGCCUAUUUCUCAGGCUCAGGCAAAGCAACGAGCUGGCAGAGCUGGGAGAACAGGCCCAGGGAAGUGCUACAGGCUGUACACGGAACGGGCCUACAGAGACGAAAUGCUGACCACCAACGUGCCAGAGAUCCAGAGAACCAACUUAGCAAGCACGGUGCUCUCUCUCAAGGCCAUGGGCAUCAAUGACCUGCUGUCCUUCGACUUCAUGGAUGCCCCGCCAAUGGAAACCUUGAUCACAGCCAUGGAGCAGUUGUACACACUGGGGGCUCUAGACGACGAGGGCCUGCUCACUCGCCUAGGCCGCAGGAUGGCAGAGUUCCCUCUGGAGCCAAUGCUGUGCAAAAUGCUGAUCAUGUCAGUGCAUCUGGGAUGCAGUGAGGAGAUGCUGACCAUCGUGUCCAUGCUGUCUGUGCAGAAUGUCUUCUACAGGCCGAAGGAUAAACAAGCCCUCGCAGACCAGAAGAAGGCCAAAUUCCACCAGACCGAAGGGGACCACCUGACCCUGCUGGCUGUGUACAACUCCUGGAAGAACAACAAGUUCUCCAACCCCUGGUGCUACGAGAACUUCAUCCAGGCUCGCUCCCUGCGCCGGGCCCAGGAUAUCCGCAAGCAGAUGCUAGGCAUAAUGGAUAGACACAAGCUGGAUGUAGUCUCCUGUGGUAAGUCCACAGUCCGAGUACAGAAGGCCAUCUGCAGUGGAUUCUUCCGGAAUGCUGCCAAGAAAGACCCGCAGGAGGGUUACCGGACACUGAUUGACCAGCAGGUGGUCUAUAUCCAUCCUUCCAGUGCACUCUUCAACAGACAGCCGGAAUGGGUGGUGUACCACGAGCUGGUGCUGACCACAAAGGAGUACAUGCGUGAGGUCACUACCAUCGAUCCCCGGUGGCUUGUGGAGUUCGCCCCAGCCUUCUUCAAGGUCUCUGACCCGACCAAACUAAGCAAGCAGAAGAAGCAGCAGCGCCUUGAGCCCCUGUACAACCGCUAUGAGGAGCCCAAUGCCUGGCGAAUAUCCCGGGCCUUCCGGCGGCGCUGAAAGGCAAGACUUGUCUGUUUGCCGUUCCUGCAACAGUGGCCCAGGCUUGGACUUACUCUUACUGAUACAAAGCUGGCCCUGAGAAUACAGCUGUGCUGUGACUGGAUGUCAUAAUGGACAUUUUCUAAACCUGACUCUCAUUUUUUCCCUGGUCAGAAAAUAGAAACAGGGAUAUAAGCCUGCCCUUGCCAGAGCCUCCAGCCCCCGCUACACCAAGUCACGGGGGCCAGUUGGGUGUUCACAGCCAACGUGAGGAUCGUUGCAUCAUCUCCAAGAAAGGGGCAACUUCUGCAGCCCUGGGGUGGGAAAGGGGAGUCAGCAAGCAUCUAAACUCAUCUACGUUUUUGGCUCCCACUUCCUGCCCACCCACCAGCCACCCUGUACUUUGGCCUAACCUUCUGCAACUAUUUAUUUAUUUUCUUAAGGAAACAAAAA